CGCCCUCGGCGCAGCCGCAGUCCACGGAGAACUUUGCUUCAUUCAGCGGGCAGCGCCGACAGGAAGCGGCGGCGGAGGCGCGAUGAGUGCAUUCUCCGACCCCGUGGUCAUCGUUUCGGCUGCGCGGACUGCUAUAGGCUCCUUCAACGGGGCGCUGUCCUCCGCGCCCGUACACGACCUGGGCUCAGCUGUCAUCCGAGAAGUCCUGAAGCGGGCCGCGCUGGCCCCCGGAGACGUCUCCGAGGUCAUCUUUGGACACGUUUUGUCGGCAGGUUCUGGGCAGAAUCCCGUUCGACAAGCCAGUGUAAGUGCCGGGAUUCCUUACUCUGUCCCAGCAUGGAGCUGCCAGAUGAUCUGUGGGUCAGGCCUUAAAGCCGUGUGCCUUGCAGCCCAGUCCAUAGGGAUUGGUGACUCGAGUAUUGUGGUUGCAGGAGGCAUGGAAAGUAUGAGCAAGGCUCCUCACUUGGUUCACUUAAGAACAGGAAUGAAGAUUGGUGAGAUGCCAUUACGUGACAGUAUACUUUGUGAUGGUCUUACAGAUGCCUUUCACAACUACCAUAUGGGUGUGACUGCUGAAAAUGUAGCCAAAAAAUGGCAAGUGAGUAGAGAAGCUCAAGACAAGGCUGCUGUUCUGUCUCAGAACAGGACAGAGAGUGCACAGAAGGCCGGCCACUUUGACAAAGAGAUUGUACCAGUUUUUGUGUCAUCUAGAAAAGGCCUCACUGAAGUUAAAGUAGAUGAGUACCCUCGCCAUGGGAGUAACCUUGAAGCUGUGUCCAAGCUAAAGCCUUAUUUUCUCACAGACGGGACAGGAACAGUCACUGCAGCUAAUGCUUCAGGAAUAAAUGAUGGUGCUGCAGCUGUGGUUCUUAUGAAAAAGUCAGAAGCUGAUAAUCGUGGACUUACACCUUUAGCACAGAUUGUUUCCUGGUCACAAGCAGGCGUGGAGCCUUCCCUUAUGGGAACAGGACCAAUUCCAGCUAUAAAGCAAGCUGUUGCAAAAGCAGGCUGGUCUCUGGAGGAUGUUGAUGUAUUUGAAAUCAAUGAAGCCUAUGCAGCACUCUCUGUUGCAGUAACUAAAGAACUUGGAUUAAACCCAGACAAGGUCAACAUUGAAGGAGGGGCAAUAGCUCUGGGUCAUCCUCUAGGAGCAUCUGGCUGUCGGAUUCUUGUGACCCUGUUACACACACUUGAGAGAAUGGAUGGAAGGCGUGGUGUUGCGGCCCUGUGCAUUGGGGGUGGAAUGGGAAUAGCAAUGUGUGUUCAGAGAGGAUAAAUGGCUGAAGAGCAAUCACAAAGCUGGAUGUGGUGGUGCGCACCUGUCAUACUAGCACUUGGCAGGCUGAGACAGGACCACCACCAGCUCCAGGACAGCCUGAACUACAUACACAGCGAGACCCUGUCUCAAAAGAAAAACACCCAGUAACCACACUCACUCUAAACUUAAAUCUCAUUUCUUUUUAAACUAAUAAAGUACAGCACAGUAAUGUGGAACUGAAGGACCAAAGUCAAGGAGAAAACCAUCUUCUACUUCACAGAAAUAGAAACUGUCAGCUUGCUGUACUUUAAUGUGUAAUACUCAAGCCACAAGACAUUCCAUCCAAAAGUAUUAUAAAUUAAAUUAAACAGAAAUCACAUCAGUCGUUAAGGGCUCCAGAAUGAACAGCGUCUUCAUAACCGCCAUGCUUAUCAUCUUUGCCUUCUGGGUGUAAUUUAAUCAGGUCAUCAAUUCGGAGAAUGGUAAUUGCAGCUUCUGUUGCAAAUUUCAAGCUCUUUACUUUAACUAUGGUCGGUUCAAACACCCCUGCUUGUUUGUUGUCUCUCGGUUUACCAUUGAUCAAAUCAAGACCAAUCCUGCAAUGAAGGAAAAAAACUGGGUACAUGAUCUCUUACAGGUUAAGCAGCCCAUUAAUUCUUGCUAUUUCUGAGAAAUGUUUAUGACUGCAGUAGUUAAUUAAGAUGUGUUAUGUAAUGUACCAGCGCCCCACAAUGGAUGUUAACUGGAUGUACUACAAAAAUGCACUAAUAAAAAAUUAACGAUA